UAAACGACUCGCAGCCAAUCAGAUCAAUGUUGUGAACGCGUUGUUAUGGAGGUGGUAAAGUCAAGUUUGGAAGACAAAAGCGUCUGAAACUUCUCGAUGUUUGUGAAGUAGGCACUGGUAAAUGCAUGUAAAAUGUCCUCGACCGACAGGCUGGGUGUUUUGCGAGAGCGCAACAAGGAUUUACUGACGCAGCUGAGGCGGCAGAGUGAAAGACUGCAGGGAGUGAGCCGCAGCCGAAACAGCAAGGAGAGAGGAGGCGAAGAGAAGGAGAGAGGAGAAGCCGAGGAGCUUUUCAGCCUGACUGAUGGACACUGUGGCUCUGCCAGGGCGGCCCUCGCCAGGCCCUCUGUGUCCUGUGCCGAUCCGCAUGAGAGACAGACAGACGACCGAUGCAUUAUUUCAGUACCAUCUUCGACCUCAAAGCACAGCAGAGAAACUGCAGAUCGCACUGUGGCAUCAGACCUGUCCACACACAGCCGCAGACACACCCGGCUGGAUCAGGACAGACAGCAGAAGGAGGUGGGAAGCCGAGUCACAUUCCAGUCUAAUGAAUGGGAAGAGACGCCUGCCCCAGAUAGGCAUCAUCUCCAGCCCUUACUUGGAUAUGACUGGAUAGCAGGAGUCCUGGACGUGGAGAGCUCCGUGAUCGAGCGCUCUGAGGAGUUCUUCAGUGACCUACACACAUUUCGAUUACUCAAUAAAGAUGAAUGUGUUUAUAGCCAACAAACAGGAUUUUCUGAGGAGAACCAUUCGGUCCCUCCGCUGCUAGCAGACAAGGACCGCCCAGAGGCAAACAUGGAUACUCAUCAAUGUACCUUCUCUUACAGGAUUAACAGCAGACUAUUCCCUGUCCCACUUCAUUCUCAGGAGUGUUGCCCUGUGUGCAAAAAGCCAAAAUCCACGCACCCUCACACUGCUGCUGAGCCAGCUUUUAUCAGAGUCAGCAUUCCUCGUACCACUCUCUUGCCAGCUUACAAGUACCAACCCCAUCGGCGAUGCAGUUUUGACCCUUCUAAUACUUUGGGGUUACCAUCGCACUGUCUGUCAGGCUGGUCAAACACCUGUCAGAGCAGCCCGUCACAGCCCAGCAGCCUCGACCUGCGCAGCAGUCUGAGCAGAAAGACCUGCACUGGACUCCCGCUGGCACAGCCGCAGGACAAGGAGCAGACAGAUUUCUUUGUGUCCAGAGUGCCCGGGAAUCCUCUCUCCGGCCAGACUUUAAACGUGUCUCGUCUGCCUCGCUAUCAUUUCCAGCACUUUUCUCCCAGACGAAAACUAGAAAACACAUCUAGGUAACGUGUACAAGCUGUGAUAAACCACUGGAGCUCUGGUUUCGAAUGAUCAUUGUAAUUCCAAAGACAAACAUUUGAUAAUGCAAUUAAAAUUGUUGCUGUUGCUGUUUUUCUGUUCACAUUUUAAGAAUCUGUUUGUAUGUCUUGAUCUUUAUGAAUAUAUUUUCUGAAAUUUAAUGGUUUUCUCUUAUAAAUUUGUACUCUUUACAUAAAGAUUUUGAAUUUGAAACAAA